UUUCUAUUUAGCACACCAGCUAAAUUACACACGCAAACACAGACUUGCCUAUCGAUCUUGCCAUGGCCGAACCGGAACGCCUGCCGAACGGCCAUGGCGACGGCGUGCGCCGCCACUUCCUCAUCGUGACCUACGGCAUCCAGAGCCACAUCAACCCGUGCCGCGUGCUCGCGCGCAGACUCGCGCAGCUCCAGGAUGAAGACGGCUCCGGCCCCGUCCUCGCCACGCUCUCGGUCCCGUUGUUCACCCACCGUCGCAUGUUCCCUUCGUCCGGCGACGGUGUGAAAUCGGAGGAGGAGGAGGAGGAGGCCGCAGACGGUGCCGUCUCCUACGCGCCCUACUCGGACGGCGUCGACGACGGCACCCGCGCCACGGACCCCGAUGAAAGGGCGCGCCGCCGCCGCGCGAGCUCCGAGAGCCUCGCCGCCGUCGUCGCGCGCCUCGCAGCACGCGGCCGGCCCGUGACGUGCGUCGUGUGCAGCCUCAUCCUCCCCUGCGCGCUGGACGUCGCGCGGGAGCACGCCAUCCCCAUGGCCGUGUUCUGGAUCCAGCCGGCCACCGUCCUCGCCGCCUACUACCACUACUUCCACGGCUACGGCGAGCUCAUCGCGUCCCACGCCGCCGACCCCGCGUUCGAGGUGACCCUGCCAGGGCUGCGCCGGCCUCUCCGGAUCCGCGACUUCCCGUCGUUCCUCGUCGACACCACCGGCGCCGAGAUGGGCAAGAUCGUCAACGACGCGGUCCGCGAACUGUUCCAGUUCAUGGACCAACAGGGACCGAGCACCCAGGUCCUCGUCAACACCUUCGAGGGGCUGGAACCGGCGGCGCUCGCGGCAAUGAGGCAGCACCUGGACGUGCUCGCCGUCGGGCCCGUGCUGGAUUCCUCGUCCGAAGCGCGGAUCCACCUGUUCGACCACGCCGGCGCCGACGAGUACAUGCAGUGGCUCGGGGCGCAGCCGGAGACGUCGGUGGUGUACAUCUCGUUCGGCAGCGUAUGGACGUACAGCAAGCGGCAGAUGGAGGAGAUCGCGCACGGGCUGCGGCAGUGCGGGCGGCCGUACCUGCUCGUCGUGCGCAAGGACGGGCGGCAGGAGGACGUGAGCCGCUGCCUCGACGGCGUCGUGCGGGAGGGGCAGGGGCUGGUGGUGGAGUGGUGCGACCAGCCGGCGGUCCUGUCGCACCCGUCCGUGGGAUGCUUCGUCACGCACUGCGGCUGGAACUCCACGCUGGAGGCCGUGGCACUGGGCGUGCCGGUCGUCGCCGUGCCGAGCAUGUUUGAUCAGCCGACGAACGCGUUCUUGAUUGAGGAAGAGUGGGCUGGCGGCGUCAGAGGAGAGCGCAACGGCGAGGGCGUCUUCUCCGGGGCGGAGCUCGCAAGGUGCGUCGAGACGGUCAUGGAUGGUGGCGCGAGGGCCGUCGAGAUCAGGGAAAGAGUGGAGGCUCUGAAAGGGACGGCGCGAGAGGCAAUGGCUUCUGCCGGGCCCGCGGAGAGGAGCCUUCGAAGCUUCGUCAUGGCGACCAAAGUCACGGAUAAAUCUUGCACCAAGGAUACCACUACACCACCAACCAUGUUGGAAUCCAUCUAGUCAAAGUAGGAAAUUUAGCGUCAUCCAUCAACAUUCCGAUACUAAAUGCAGCCCAGGUAGCCAAUGAAUUGAAUAUUGCAGA